CCGACUUUUUUGCUCAGAACCUGCCUGGCUCAGAACGACGCCUGGGAAAAGGUGGACGGCAGACAAACGCAACGGCUCCCUUCAAUACACACAAUGAGAAUACCGCAAAGGGCCUGUGCGGUACGGGCCCUACCUCGUAACGGCGCCGCUGGGGGCAGGUAUGAGUGUCUCGCCGCGGCCGCGCAACAACGCCGCCAUGCUUCCACCACCACACCAUUGCACACUCCCGCCGCCGAUGCCCCAACAACGCAGGCCCCCACAGCAAAAAGCAAUAGCGGCUCCAAACCCACCCGCCGCCGCUUCCCCUCUCGCACCCUCUCCGGAAUCCAACCCACCGGCGUCCCCCAUCUCGGCAACUACCUCGGCGCCCUCUCCAACUGGGUCAAACUCCAAGAUGAUCUACCCGCCUCCUCGACCUCUCCCUCCUCCAUCUCCACCCUUCCUAGCUCUCCCAUCUCACCACCCUCAACCCACCUCUACAGCAUUGUCGACCUGCACGCCCUCACUCUCCCGCAAGACCCAUCCCUCCUCCGCGAGAACGUGCUGGAUAUGGCCGCGUCGCUGCUAGCGUGCGGGAUUGACCCGAAGAAGAGCGUGCUGUUUAGGCAGUCGAGGGUGCAUGAGCAUGCGGAGCUGGCGUGGUUGUUAUUUUGUAGGACGCCGAUUGGGUGGUUGAGUCGAAUGCAUCAGUGGAAGACGAAGCUACAAAUGAUGCAGCAGAAAUCAGGCACCUCCACAACAUCAGCAAACGCAACCCUCGCCAUCACCUCCGAUCUCAACCUCGACGAUCCAUCAGCCCAAUCCGACGAAGCCGGGCCAGGGCCCAAUGUCGGGUUAUUAGCGUACCCGGUGCUGCAGGCAGCUGAUAUCCUCAUCUACCGGGCGACCCAAGUUCCCAUCGGCGAAGACCAAGUCCAGCACAUGGAACUCACCCAGAUGGUCGCACGGAGCUUCAACGCGACCUACAAGAAGGACGUCUUCCCCAUCCCGCGUGGGAUCUACGCGUCCACCCACACAAAACGCAUCAUGUCCCUCCGACAACCCACCGCCAAAAUGUCGAAAUCAGACCCCGCGGACGCAUCCCGCAUCAACCUCUCCGACACCCCCGAGCAGAUCCGCGCCAAGAUCCGAAAAGCGACCACCGAUUCCAUACGCGGUAUCACCUACGAUCCGGUGACGAGGCCGGGGGUGGCGAAUCUCUUGGGUGUGUAUGCUGGGUGCAUUCACGAGGCGGAGCUUGCGCAGGGGGAUGAAGGGAGGUUGGAGGACUUGGCGGCGACGUUCGGGAACCAUACCACCGCGACGUUCAAAGACGCGGUUGCGGACGCUGUUAUUGCAAGGUUGGGGCCUAUGCGGGAAGAGUUGGUGCGGUUGAGGAGGGAUAGGGGGUUUGUGGAGGGGGUUUUGGAGGAGGGGGAGGAGAGGGCACGGGCAGUUGCCAGGGAGACUUUAAGGGAUGUUUGGGGGGUUGUUGGGUUG